AUGGGAAAGCUCGAGGACAUUUGCGACCAGUAUUUGAGCAGAAAAAAGGAACAGGACAAGGUAAUCGAAGCAGUCGAAAGAUGUCUGAAGAAAGGAUAUGACUACGAAAAGCUCAAGGAUCGAGUUCAAGAAGCAAUCUCCGACCCACAAAAGGCGCGAAAAGUGAUCUCCGCCGUUUGCGAUCAUUAUCCACAGCUACGGAAACGAACUCGCACAGAUCGAGACGGAGAGGAUCGUGAUCGGAAACGAGAUCGGACGGAUGAUCGGAGAAAGCCGGAUGCUUCAGUUCCAGCAGCAGUAGCAGAACCUCAAAAGCCUGCAGAGCAAAGUAUUGAAGAACGACUCCGAGCAAAGGAAAUGAUGUACAAGGCUCAGCAGGAGAUUGAGGAGACGAAGAGAAAAAUGGCAAUUGCAGCUGGAACACUUCAACCAAAAGCCGCAUUGGCUCAGGCAAAGACACAAAUGGUGGCUCCCGGUGGAAAAUCUUUAUCGCUUGGAAGAGAUGAAGCUACAAUGCUUAUGACACAUUCAAUGGAUAAGAAAAGUCGAAUGGAAGAGUUGAAAGCGAGGCUCGCAAGAACUACAGUAAUGGCAAAGAUUGAUGCGAUGGUUGGAAAUUCGGGAGCCGGAGUGAUGGCUCCAUUGCCAGAAGCUGUUCAGCAAGCAGAGAAGAAGGUUCAACAACAGAUCACAAAAGAAUCAAAAGAACCGGAGAAACUCAUCGAGUAUCUGGAUCCACGGAUUCAGGCGAGAACUGCAGAUCGACGUCGCCGGGGGUUCAAUUUCCAUGAGAAGGGAGAAUUCGAGAAACUUGCGAAUAAGCAAAGAGCAAUGGCAAAGCUCGAAAGGCUUCAGAAUGAGGUCUCAUCGGCUGCACAAUCGACGGGAAUCUCAUCGGCUGUGAAACUUGCGAUGGUUACACCAACGGGCACGGCGAAAAUGGAGAAUGGGGUACCGGAUAUUGAGUGGUGGGAUAUGUUGGUGUUGGAUAAGGUUAACUACGACGAAAUCCCUGCGGAAAACGACAUGGAAAGAUACUCACAGACAGUUUCCGAACUCGUAGAGCACCCGAUUUCAAUGAGAGCACCCACUGAGCCAUUAACUCAACAAUAUCUGAAAGUAUACUUGACAACAAAAGAAAAAAAGAAGAUUCGUCGUCAAAAUCGUAAGGAAGUACUGAAAGAGAAGACAGAGAAGAUUCGUUUGGGACUGGAAAAGGCUCCGGAGCCAAAAGUCAAAAUUAGUAAUUUAAUGAGAGUUCUUGGAAAUGAAGCAAUCCAGGAUCCGACGAAAAUGGAAGCACAAGUUCGGAAACAAAUGGCUGAAAGAUUGAAGAAACAUGAGACAUUGAAUGCUGAGAGAAAGCUUACCGAAGAUCAGAAACGCGCGAAAAAGACGAAAAAACUGUCUGAGGAUACGUCGACGGCGGUUAAUGUUUCGGUUUAUAGAGUAAAAUCACUGGCCCAUCCGUCGAAAAAGUUCAAAGUGGAGACAAAUGCGAAACAAUUACAAAUGAGUGGAGCAAUUAUGAUGCAUAAAGCUCAAAAUGUGAUUGUUGUGGAAGGUGGUCCAAAACAACAGAAAUUCUAUAAAAAUCUGAUGAUUAAUCGAAUCAAGUGGUCUGAUGAGAUUAUUGGACAAAAGAAAGACGCUGAAAAAGAUGCUCCCGGAGAAAGAAAUCUAUGUGAAAUGAUCUGGGAAGGACAAGUGAAGCGUCGAAAUUUCCGUGAUUUCACCGUUCACACGGCUACACUUGAGAAGCAGGCUCGCGAGUUUUUCGAAAAGCACGGAGUUGCACAAUACUGGGAUCUCUGUUACAGUACCACCGUUCUUUUGGAGGGACAAGACAUUCUACCGACUGCUUAAAUACACAUCUCUGGAAAAUUUUAAUUCGUUUUUCUAAAUAUUUUUUUUUUGUUAUUGGAGCCCGGAGAGCCCUGAGCCAAGGGACUGUAAAUGAACAUUAUUUUAUUU